AUGGACGAUGUGGACAAGCCGGGUAUUGACGAUAACCUUCCGAAAGUGAAGUUGUGGUACAGUAACGUUGGUGAGUAUUGCGAUACGUUUUCGAAAUUGGUUCAGGCGGAGGCUGAUUAUGACAAGACGGUGAAGGAGUCGCAACGGCAGGAGAACGUGGCGGUACAAUGGGAUGUGGGGCUGAAUGAUAAGCAGCUAGCCUUCUUCGUCUUUGCCAAGGAAGACAACGAAAGCCGUGUAGUGGUGGGUGACGAGUUGCGUCUGAAAAAAGACAACUGGUCCUGCACAGGUCAGGUCGUGCGCCUCACACAAACGGAACAGGUGUGUCUAGAGCUCAAGGUACCAUCCUCAAGCGCUCAGCACCCGUGGGACACCGGCAUUUGCACCGGUUUCACGGUCGAGUUCGUGUGGAAACGCACCAGCUUCGAUCGGAUGCUGAGCGCACUGAAGGCCCUAAAGCACCUAGACGACGAUAAUUAUCUGUGCCAAAAACUGCUAGGCAAGGAGGUGGAUGACAAGGUCAUCCGCUCCCCGCUACCCGUCAACUUCACCGCACCUAACCUAGCGUCCCUAAACCCCUCCCAAGUCGCGGCAGUUAAGAAAGCCUUGCAGUCACCUCUCUGUCUCAUCCAAGGACCUCCCGGCACGGGCAAGACGGUGACCUCCGCUACUAUUGUGUACCACCUAGUGCAGGGAAAUAAGCGGGAAAACUCGAAACGGAAAGUGCUCGUCGUGGCACCCUCCAACGUCGCCGUGGACCAGCUCGCGGAGAAGAUCCAUCGCACGGGUGUGAGUGUCGUCCGGGUUAGUGCGAAGAGCCGUGAGACCAUCAGCAGCAACGUGGAGUUCCUAUGUCUGCACAACCAGGUCUCUCAGUUUAAAUUGCCUGGCGACCCACAGUCUGAGUGUCUUCAGGUGCUAUUGAAGCUUAAAGAGGAAAUCGGGGAACUGAGCAAGGAGGACGAAAAGAAGCUGGAUCACAUAAAGAGGCAGAUUGAGAGUGACAUUCUGCGUUCGGCCGAAGUGAUUUGCGCUACUUGCGUAGCCGCAGGUGACCACCGCCUGAAGGAGUUCCAAAUCAGCCAUGUUUUGCUCGACGAAGCGACACAAGCCACGGAACCCGAAUGCCUCAUCCCCAUUGCCAAGAACGUGAGUCAAGUCGUCUUGGUUGGCGACCACUGUCAACUCGGACCCGUCAUAAUGUGCAAAAAGGCGGCCAAGGCGGGACUCAGUCUCAGCUUGUUUGAACGUGUCAUCAUGCUCGGCAAUCGACCCAUGCGUCUCGAGGUACAGUACCGUAUGCACCCCUGUCUUUCUGAGUUCCCCUCGAUGAAGUUUUACGACGGGGCUUUGCAGAACGGGGUUACACUUCGAGACCGCCAAUAUCGCGGACUCGACUUCCCCUGGCCCAAUCCCUCCAAACCCAUGUUCUUCUACAACUGCACUGGUUACGAGGAAAUCAGUGCCAGUGGUACUUCUUACCUGAAUCGUAGUGAGGCCGCGGUCAUUGAAAAGUUUGUCACCACUCUUCUUCGGUCCGGACUGCGAUCCGAUCAGAUCGGUGUCAUCACACCGUAUGACGGACAGCGCGCUUACAUCUCAACUCUCUUCUCCAAGCAGCCCAACCUCGGCGCCAACGCUUACAGUGAUAUCGAAAUCGCCUCCGUUGAUGCCUUCCAAGGUCGCGAAAAGGACUUCAUUCUUCUCACCUGCGUCCGUAACAACCGCAACCUCGGUAUCGGGUUCCUACAGGACCCCCGCAGACUCAACGUGGCUCUUACCCGAGCCAAAUACGGUUUAGUAAUUUGCGGAAACGCGCGUGUGCUAUCCCGACAAUUCUACCGCCAACAACACCGCAUCUGGGCGAAGCUGCUACAACACUUCCAAAAGAACGACCUCAUUGUAGAAGGGCCUCUCAACAACAUGCGCGUAUGCAGAAAUAUCAUACCCGUCAACGACACUCCACCGACCGCCGGAGAAGCAUACCCCAUGAGAAUCUUCCCGGAAGAAGCUUCCAGAAACGAACUUCCGGAUACGAGGAGCGAUUUCGAGGCACGAUUUCCGAGACCAACUUCAGGAUACGAUUCGUAUCCUGAAGCCGGAACGGUUCCCAGAUGUGGCUUCCUAACAGAGGAAAUAAGAAAGCAGACUAAAUCAGGCAACCAAUUCCCGGACAUGACGCCACGAUUGAAUAUCAGCCCGAAUCUGGGCCCUAGUCUGAAGCGACUUUGGCCCGAAUCUGGUUGGAAAGGAGGAAAGUCUUUCCAGGAGUACGGAGGCAAGUUACGAUGGAGGGACAUUGAAUGGACUAUCGUAGAGGAGACUGGCUUGCAGAAUGACUAUCUCGGAACAACUUUGAUUGGAGCCAUAGUACAAUCCGCCGAUGUUUUAUCGGGGAUGCAAAUUGCGCUGCCUGCUGGUGGGUAG